AUGCGAUUCUCUAACCACCUACCAUACCCUCCAUCCCCUUCCAUCCCCUCCCAUCCCCUCCCGUUCCCUCCAUCGCCUCCCAUCCCCUCCCAUACCCUCAUACCCUGCUAUGUGCCGGCCCUCACCAUCCUGCAUACUGCAAGCCUCAUCCACACGCCCUCCCUGCCUCACCCCCAUGCCAUCACCGCCCACUGCAGCUCUGCUGUCAUACCAGUACGGCGCGCCAGCAGACCCCACCAUCCCCUCCAUCCCAUGCUACAGGCCGGAUCACAACGUCAUGCAGACUGCAAGCAGCGACGCCUCAUUACUGCGACCCCCCUCAACCCCCUCACCCCCCUCCCUGCAGCUGCUGUCAUAUCAAUAUGGCGCGCCAGCAGACCCCACCAUCCCGUCCAUCCCAUCCCCUGCUACAUGCCGGACAGAGACUUCACAGUGCCUGUCAUCGUGCGAAGCCAGGUGCCCUUCAUGUGCAUGCGCCCAGGCGCCCAGGUGCAAGCAGCAAUGCAACCACCUCACCCCCCCACACCCCCUACCCCCACCCCUGCUCCUCCCUCGUCCCCCCCUCAACUCCCCGCCCCUACAGCUAUUGUCAUACCACUCCUGUCUUACCAAUAUGGUGCGCCAGCAGACCCCACCAUCCCGUACAUCCCAUGCUACAUGCCGGACCGAGACAUUCCUGUGCCCGUCAUCGUGCGCGCCCAGGUGCCCUUCGUGUCUCCCUUUGCCGCGCCGUGCAAGUGGACGGCCAUUUUCCGCUUCGUGGCGUCGCCACACAAGCACGUGCGGCUGGACACACGCAGCAGAAUCAUUCAGGCAGCGAAGGCGGACAUGGCACCGGGGUGGGACAUGUUCCCCAAGAGCGAGGAGAGGACGGACCAGGACUGGCAGCACAGCGUCUUCUGCAUCUGCUUGCCCGGCCACUCCCAAUGGACCAGCCGCCCCUUCAAGGCCGUGAUCUCAGGGUGCAUCCCAGUGACGUUUUUCCGCGAGCAUGACAACCCGUGGCAUGACACGCUCAACUACGAUGCGUUCUCUGUCAACAUCGACCCUGAUGACGUGCCAUCCAUGCGAGCCAGACUGGAGAAGGCGAACGUGCCCAUGCUGCUGAAGGGCAUAGAGCAGGUGCAGAACACACUCAACUAUGGUGCCUUCUCCGUCAACAUCGACCCUGAUGACGUGCCGACGAUGAGAGAGAGGCUGGAGAAGGCUAAUGUUGCCAUGCUGCAGAAGGGUGUAGAGCAGGUGGCAGCCAGGCAGGAGGAGGCGGACAUGGCCAUGCUGCAGAAGGGCGUGCAGCAGGUCCAGGUGCGCGCUUGCGUGUGA